CUUGCAUGCAGACCUUUGUCGAGGAAAAAUGUCGUCGAGCAGCUGAAACGGGGUUUCGCAACUUUCAAAUAUGACCCAAGCAAAAUCAGGAAUAUGGCUCUAGUAGCCCACAUUGACUCUGGCAAAACGACUCUUACCGAGUCGAUCCUCUUCAAGUCUUCGUAUUUGGUUUCAUCAGGCUCGGUUGAUACAGGAAGUACCACCACGGACUUCCUUCCCGCUGAGCGCGAGCGGGGUAUUACCAUUCAGUCCGCAAGUGUUCCGGUAAAAUGGAAAUCAUGGAUGUUCAAUCUCAUAGACACACCUGGUCAUGCAGAUUUCGGAAUGGAAGUUGAAAGUGCCAGCCGUGUGGUCGAUGGUGCCGUGGUCCUUAUAGACACUGUCGAAGGGGUGGAAGCUCAAACUAAAGGAGUUUGGCGCCAGCUAGAGAGGUAUGGCGUACCCACACGUAUGAUGUUUCUGAAUAAACUGGACCGGCCUGGUGCAUCCUUCCGGUCUUCUCUCUUGUCCUUGUUGACACAUCGACUGCAUCCCAACCCAAUGGCCCUGACCCUUCCAGUCGCGUCCUUCAAUCCAGCCGAUUAUUCGAAUGCAGAACCUGGAAUACAGGGCGUUGUUGAUCUGAUCAAUUGGGAGGUAUGGAGUUGGGACCAAGAUGAUCAUGUCACUCGAAGUCCUCUUCCUCGUGACACUACUGAGCUUUCAAGUUCUGACGUCUUUUCUCCCGGCCAUCCAAUCGUCCCUCAUUUACCGGUUGCUCGAAGCCAAUUACUUGAGAACCUUUCCAUGUUCUCUGAAGAGCUAAUGGAGACUUUACUGUCGCUGGAGUCUGGGCCCUCAUCAUAUCUGAGCCUUGAAGCUCCUCAAAUUCUUCCUCACCUUCGCAAAUGCGCCCUUGAAAACCAGAUUCUCCCCGUCGUGUGCGGGUCUGCUAUUAGAAAUAUUGGUACCGAAAUUCUCAUGAACUACGUCGGAGAAUUGUUUGCUAGCCCCCUUGACAUACCUCACGACCAGUCGAAGAAUGCACCUCUUCGCCUUCUAGCUUGGAAAGUUGGUUGGGACAAGAGGAAAGGUUGGAUGACCUACGUGCGUGUGUAUUCAGGUUCCCUGAAGAAGCAAAGCGUGGUUUUCAAUGCAAGUAGAAAUCAGAAAGAGAAGGUGUCUAAGCUUCUCCUCCUUUAUGCCUCAGAAGCCGAGGAGGUUGACGAGCUGCCUUUUGGCUCGGUCGGCGUAGUCUUGGGUCUUAAAUACACUCGAACGGGAGAUAUGCUUGUGUCUUUCGGUGCUCCUUCACCACCUCAAACAAGUUCAAUGAACAUUGUACCUCCUCCGGCGGUCAUAUCAUCUUCUAUCAUUCCCCACUCCCAUUCAGAUCUUAAGCCAGUACAAGAAGCUCUGGAAUCCCUUUCUCGAACCGACCCAUCAGUUCGGGUGGAUAUGCAAGAAGGGCAGAUCCUGGUUCAUGGCUUGGGUGCCUUGCAUCUGGAAAUUGUCGAGGGGAGACUGAGGGAUGAGUGGCAAGCUCAGUUUGAGAUCGGAAAACGCCGCGUUUCAUACCGUGAGGGUUUAGGUCCUUUCCAUUUCAAAAAUGGUCAAAUGGAGACCAUAGAGGUUGCGGGAAGUUCUGCCUCUAUUUCGUUCGAUAUUAGGCCGUUGGAGGAAAAUGAAGCAGGGAACCCUCUUUGGGACGACAAUGUAGUUGUUGAUAAACAAGGAAACCCCAUAUCUUCACCCGAAUCUUCCUCGACAACAGCUGAGUCAUGUAUAGCCGCCGGGAUUUCUAGUGCGCUAUCUAAUUCCCCUCAUUCCUCGCUGCCGAUGUCUCGUGUGCACGUACAAAUCACAGGAUACUCUCAACCGUCGACAAUAUCAGUCUUAACUGGCGUUGCUGCCAUGAUUCUCAGAAAACGGCUUCAAAAAGCGGGUCCAGGACCAGUUAUGGAACCUUACUUCUUUUUCAGAGUAACAUUGCCCGAGGCUUCCUUAGGACAGGUUGUUAAGGACCUGACCGAACACGGUGCUGAGUUGCAGGUCCUAGCGGACAGCGGCUCUUCUCUCGACGUUGGAGAGUUUGGAGGCUACACAGAGGAGGGAAAUUAUAUUCCGCCCGAGUGGAUGUCACCUUCAGCUUCGACCUCUUCCCUCAAGGGAUUGAAAGCUGCACCCCAACUGAAGCGGUCGAUUCAAGCUAUCGCACCCUUGAGCCGUAUGCUGGACUACAAUAACCGCUUGCGCGCGCUUUCCGGCGGACAUGGUCAGUUUGAAAUGAUGAACGCUGGAUUCCGCGUAGUGUCAGAAGCUCGUAGAACGGAAAUACUCCGGGAGAUUGGUAGAGCUUAG